AUGUCCAGUCCGCAUCGUCUGUCCGAAAAUGCCGCACACGCCGUACCGGUGAGCGAGCCAGAAUCACAGCCAUGUGCCCUGUCAGAUACUUCUGUUACAGGCACAGGCGCUGUCCCAGAUAGCCGUCUUGUUGCUGGCCCCAAUCAUGAUUAUGAUGAUGUUGAUGAUACCCAUCAAGGGAGCCGUGGUCAACCCCCCGCUGCUGCCCUCGCUGUCGCUGAUCCCAUAGCCGACAACAUUACCACUACUACUCCCACUCCCUCUUCAGUCUCUCCCUUCCUACCGACACCCUCUGCAGACAAGGUGCCCAACAACGUGCCUGAUUCUGUUCCUGAUUUUGAUUCUCCGUCUGAUCCCCAUUACUUGCCCCAUGGUGAUGCCAAUGCCAGGGACACUAUAGACCAGACCGAUACUAUCCCUAUCGGCUCUGUCUCCAGUAAUAAGAAGGCUCGUGGCCCUGGUCCCAUACCGAGGCAGUCUGGUCCUUCCCUGCUGACCCAAGCCUUGGCUUCUGCGCGUGGUAUCACAAACGUCAAGCCUUCAAAAUCCUUCUCUGCCACCACCUCCUCUACAACUACUACAACUAUCUCUCCUAUAACUUCAUCCUCUACCACAACCCUCACCACCACUGCUGCUCCUGGUGCGAGACAGUCUAACCUGAACAAGACCGCCUCACCCUCAGCGACUAUCUCGACUCCUGCCUCGCCCACUGCGCAGUCGAGCCUUACUUCCUUGACAGGACCACCCACGGCUCCGGCGAACCUUUCCUCCCAACACGAUCGCGAUAGCGCCUCAUAUCCAUUCGAACCUUCUCACCACAAUGUCCCUGCUCGCACCGCUCCUAGGCCGUUAACGAGAGCCACCUCUGAAUCCGUCAACAUGGCAACAUCUACCGCUACUGCUACAAUGACGUCGCUCGUCCCUCGCGAGGCUGCGAGCGUCCCUUCAUCCUUCAAUCACUCAACUCUUGCUGCCCUCCGAGGUGCUCUGGAUCAUCGCGAAGCAGCGGACGGGUCACGCGGCAAGACCUCUACAUCUCUGGAUUUGGAUAGGCAAUCUGCCAGUUCUUACCACCCUCAAAUUACAACAUACACUGCUGCUCUUACCGAUCGACCGCUUCCAGUCGACACUCGCUCAGGAAUCAAGACACCGCCUGCAACGAAUCGAGCCGAAGAUGCCGUAAACAUCCAGACCAGACCUGCGCCGUGGGGGAAGUUGCCAUCACAUUGGACGAACAAUGGUACUGAGAAAACGGAAAAGAUAUGGUCAAUUGGCUCUGCAGACGGCCACGAAGAAGAUGGCUUAGUAGAAAAGUCCGUGACUGAAGCGAUGGCUGGUCUGGAACACAAUGCUCGUAGUCGCAAAUCGAGCUACAGCCUACGGUUCUUCAAAGAAGGUUUGCCACCCGAAGACAAACUUCGUCGCAAAGACACCAAGACCCCGAAGGAGAAAUUGGCCCCUCUAGAAGAGGGUCGCCAGCAUGCUUUGCGCGAGCUAUCCCAAUCCGCAACUUCUGACAAGGAUUUGACACCCACUCGUCCUCCACCUGAAGAUCGCGAAGGUUCUUUCCUUCCACCGGAUCCGCUCGAAGAACAACCUACUAUUAGCACAUCACCUAGCGAGGAUUACUUUUCACUGCCAGUCAGUACCUCACUUCAAUCCGAAGAGAUUACGCCGCUGCAAGUGCAGCCAUCAUCUCAGCCCAAAGAUGUACAUGAGCAGACCGGAUUGGUGGAGACGGCCCGUUCUGUGGGGCCGACUCCGGCUACCGGUGCCGAGGCAAUCCGUGAACCCGAAUUGGUGGAUGCCAGGCGGGACUCGGCCGACAGUGCUCAUUCUGAAGUCGGAUCUCGUGAGGACGGGGAAGCCGAAGAAUCUGGGGAAGAAAAGAUCUCAUCUGCUGUUUUCUUGCCCCACCAAGAGCUGCAGGAGUCUUGUGUAAGUGAGCCGCAGGACCGCAUCGCGGCCCGUAGUAUCCGUGUUCGAUCUCUGUCACAAAGUAAUCAACGUCCGUGGCUCGUCAAAGCCGACGAGCCUGAGUCUGAAGCCAUUCAUGAGGCAGAUGAGCCGCCUUAUGGCAUUUCCCGCCACCCUUCCCGUGAGGCACUGACUUUGAAACGAGGCGAUCUCAUCCCUGCGCGGGGUGAAGAAGGCGCUGUCAUUGAGGAAGAAAUCACAGUGACAACUGAGUCUUUGAAACAACCGCAACUCGUGAGCCAGUAUGAAGACCAUGUCCAUGAUCACCAGCAUGAUCCUCAAGAGCCUCUUGAGGCUAUUGAGCUCAUUCCGUAUAAACAUCAAGUUGGUGGCCACACCACGCUCUGGAGAUUCUCUCGAAGGGCUGUCUGUAAGCAACUCAACAAUAGGGAAAAUGAGUUUUACGAGACUAUCGAGAGAUACCACCGUGAUCUGUUGCCUUUCCUCCCUCGCUACAUUGGUGUGCUAAACGUCACCUUCCAAAAGCAGGCGCGCCGAAAGAGUACAUCCAAGAAGGAGGAGGCCGCAGCAGCCGAGCGGAAGAAAGCGCAGGAAAAGCUUGAGGCCUGUAGACACGAACUGGAGCAGACCGAGGAACAAGAGGUUGCGAAACCCGAGAGACCAACAGGCAGAGUCAUCAGCCAAUCUCUUGCCAGCAGCAACAUCCCUGUCCCGACAGUGACUUUCGACGACAACAGGCACAUUUUGCCUCGAAACCUACUUCAGCCGAUGCCACUGCCAAGAGAAUAUCGACGACAAAGUAUCUCCACAUCGACUGUAUCAAAUCGCUGUGUCCCAUCAUCUGGAACAUCGAGUAGACCGACUUUGGACGAGCGACCUAAUAGCUGGGGUGCUACCAUGGUUAACAAGAGAUUGAGAAACGAGGUCUUCAAUGAUGCAUUCCUCAAGGAGCCCGUUACGAUUCACCGUCAUCGACGACCGCAUCAACGAUCCAUUCCCCGUCCAACCUUGCAGCGUCUUCUGCGAUCGACCAAUUCCGACCCCGCUUUAAUGAAGAGCGACUCGCCUUUCAUGAGCGGGCAUGAUGCGGAUACCCCUCACCAUCCUGAACGUAAGAUCGCGCAUCAGUAUUCCCACAGCGAUCUCGGACCUGGCAUGGAUGAGUUUGUGCAGUCCGAACCUGAGCAAGCUCCCGAGGAAGUUAAGGAUGUGACAGGAACAAGCGCUCCAGAGCCUGAAACGCUCAAGGAUAGCCCACUUGCCGCCAAGAAGAAGCGCAGGUACUCCGCUGGUGGUCUGCGUCGCAAACCAGAAGAUGUUCGAGAACCAAGAGGAGACUUGAAGUACUUCGAAGAAGCCGAUGAUGCCGGAUACAAAGGCGAUAACGAGGAUAAGCCUAAGAGACACUCCAAAACACACCAUGAAGGACACCAUCAUUCGGAAGCAAACGGCGGUCAUCACCAUUCGCAUUACAUCGAACAUUUGAAGCCAGAACAUGAGGUCGCUGUUGAGUCAGCAGAGAAUACUCCAGCUGUCGACGACAUGACGUCAGAGUACGCCAGAAUAUCCAGACCAGUCAACCCGAAAGAGGCAAAGACCCAAAAGGAUCGUGUUGAGUACUUCUUGCUCUUGGAAGAUCUUACAUCAGGCAUGAAGCGGCCUUGCAUGAUGGACCUCAAGAUGGGGACUAGACAGUAUGGUGUGGAAGCCACGCCGAAGAAGCAGAAGUCACAGACGGAAAAGUGCCGAAACACGACAUCAGCCGAGUUAGGAGUUCGAAUUUGUGGCUUGCAAGUGUGGAACGCUGAGAAGCAGACGUACGAUUUCCAGGACAAAUACUACGGCCGCAAGCUCAAAGCUGGAGACGAGUUCCAGGGCGCUUUACAAAAGUUCUUGUACAAUGGUCAGGAUCUGCAUAGCAUUUUACGACACAUUCCAGUUGUGCUCAAGAAGCUUACGCAACUGGAGCAGAUUGUGAGCAAGCUGGAUGGAUACCGCUUCUAUGCAGCAAGCUUGCUCAUGUUUUACGACGGCGACACAUCGGAGGAUGACGACUACGAGACCAUGUACGAGUCAACCACCGAUUGUGCAACCGAUACGGAGGAGACAACCCGUAAGAAGACGAAGAACAAGAGGGAGAUUGAUUUCAAGAUCGCAGAUUUUGCCAACAGCGUCACUCCCUUUGACAAUAUUGAUGACAAGCCAUGCCCUCCCCAACACCCCGAUCAACCUGAUGGCGGAUUCCUCAAAGGCUUACGAAGCCUGAGAAGAUAUUUCCUCCAGAUUCAAAGGGAUGUGAGGCAGGAGCUGGGGCUAGAUCCAUAUGGAAGAUUUUCAAGCCAUAUGGAUUAUGACGCAGACUUCGACGCAGAGAACGGGAUGGCCAGUCUUUAA